GCACAACAGCGAAGAAGAGGCGGACAUGCGCGUCACACAUCCUGGAUGCGAUGACAUUGAUAGACGCUAGCAGUUAGCUAGCUAGCUAAACAUCCGAGACAAUAUACAAACUACGAUGAACGUACUAAGGUCCACGUUUAUGCUACCCCGUGUAAUUGGAUGCAGUACGCCCAGUGUAACGGUGCUGUCCCGAGCGGUGAGUGGCUGGGUGCUGUCUGGCCCCCCCAGGCCUGGCGGGGUGCUCAGGGCGGGGGCAGGGUCCCAGGGCCAGCCCUGGCUGCAGCAGCAGGUCCGCAGCGUGAAGCGGGGCACUGAGUACCAACCCAAGAACAUUAAGAGGAUAAGGACGCACGGCUGGGCCACGCGGAUCAGCUCACGCGGGGGCAUCGAGGUCCUCCUACGACGCAUGCUGAAGGGCCGCAGGUCCCUGACCGUGUAUGGAGGGGCACAUGGUCACAGUGCCAGGGACUGAUGAUGAUGAUGAUGAUGAUGAUGAUGAGGAUGGCCCCUCAGACUCUUCCGCCUGUGGCUUUCUGCCAGGUCUGAUCUCUGUCACCGUUCCUAGAAAGAGCACACACACACCUGGUAUCUCACCUGGACAGAACACACACCUGGUAUCUCACCUGGACAGAACACACACCUGGUAUCUCACCUGGACAGAACACACACCUGGUAUCUCACCUGGACAGAACACACACCUGGUAUCUCACCUGGACAGAACACACACCUGGUAUCUCACCUGGACAGAACACACACCUGUUGUCUCACCUGGACAGAACACACACACCUGUUGUCUCACCUGGACAGAACACACACACCUGUUGUCUCACCUGGACAGAACACACACACCUGGUGUCUCACCUGGACAGAACACACACACCUGGUGUCUCACCUGGACAGAACACACACACCUGUUGUCUCACCUGGACAGAACACACACACCUGGUGUCUCACCUGGACAGAACACACACCUGAUCUCUUCCUGGACAGAACACACACCUGAUCUCUUACCUGGACAGAACACACACCUGAUCUCUUGCCUGGACAGAACACACUCACCUGGUAUCUCACCUGGACAUAACACACACCUGGUCUCUUCCCUGGACAGAACACCUGAUCUCUUGCAGAGCCCUGGGCGGUGCGCUGCUCUCCUGCAUACAUCACAUUUUUGGGAUUCUCUUCUUAAUUCUCUGAUAAAUAAAGACCAACCAGUCCAA